AUGUCCGCUUCUUCCCAGUCUCCUCCCAAGGAUGUCGAGCAAGGUGCACCGUCACCCGAGGACGAAGGACAAAUGGACGCGCAAGACCCACAAUCGGGAGGCCUUUCCUAUGAGUUCGAAGGUGUAAAAGAGCAGGACAGAUGGCUCCCCAUAGCCAAUGUCGCUCGAAUCAUGAAGAACGCCCUCCCUGAUAAUGCAAAAAUUGCAAAGGAAGCAAAGGAGUGUAUGCAGGAAUGUGUCAGCGAGUUCAUCUCCUUCAUCACUAGUGAGGCUUCUGAAAAAUGCCAGCAGGAGAAGAGAAAGACUGUCAAUGGCGAAGACAUCUUAUUCGCUAUGACUUCCCUAGGGUUUGAGAACUACGCCGAGGCCUUGAAGGUCUAUCUGUCUAAGUACCGGGAGCAACAAAAUCAGACCAACCGAGACCGUGUCAUUGAGAACCAGUCAUGGGGAGGGCAAAUCGCGGGUGAGGGCGCUGUCGCCUCUGACGGCGCAGCUGCUGCCCCCGAAGGGUCCAACAACAUUGAGGGAGGCGCUGAUGUCAAUUAUCUGUAUUCCGGUGCCCAAGCCGGCCAUAACGGCGCCGGUGCAGGCGAAGGUUACUAG